AUGUUCUCUUUCGGAAAUUCAUUUCAAUCACUCUUUUCUACCUUUACAUCUCGACCAGAAACUGAAUCUCAGUCGAUAGGUGGAAGUAGUGACCCGAUCAAAAACCCACUUAACCCUGAAGGGAUCAGACCAUGCUGUGCAUGUCCUGAUACCAAACGAUCGCGGGACGACUGUUUCAUUAGAUAUGGGCCUCCUGAUGAAUCUGAGGAAUCGAGUCGAAGGUGUGCAGACCUGAUCGCAGCUCAUCGAGCUUGCAUGGAACAAUACGGGUUCCGAAUCUAG